AUGCCUGACGAAAAGCUAGGCAUGCCUUCGCUGUCGAGAUAUCUGCGACCCGAUAAGUUUGACAUCGAGCCUGAUGUCGCGGACGCCGAUGAAAAAUGGCAUAUCAAAACAUGCUCCACUUAUAAAGAUUCGAUGAAAGUUCUAGAAGACAUCUAUGUCAAACCGAAAAAUACUAUUCUAGCUCGACAUAUUCUCUUCAACCGCAAGCAACGAGCCGACGAAACGAUCUCUGACUAUAUUAGAGCUCUCCGACUUUCCGCGAAAGAUUGUAAAUUCGAAGACGUCAUAGCUCAAGAGCAUGAAGACCAAGCAAUUCAAGCACUUAAUCAAGCCGUAGCUCUGGAAACGGCAAAGAAGGAUGCAGUUGCUAUUGGUAUCAGUUCUACGCAGCUUACCGCCAUAUCGCAAAGUACUUCACGGGACAAGGAAUCCGAAAAUCUAGCAGCAGCUCCAUCGUCACGCACUUUUCAAGCCGCCCCGACUACGCCACCUCCGGCUAAACCCUGCUUCUUUUGCGGCGGGAGUCUUCAUCCAAGGUUCAGAUGUCCAGCCAACAAAGCCACCUGCAAAAAGUGCUCAAAGAAAGGACACUUUGCAAGCGUCUGUAGAUCGGGCAAUAUCAACUUGAACUCCACGACAGUUGAAGAUCCUACGACCUAUAACAACAACCACUUCUACAGUGGAACUAUUUCUUCUAUUUUCUGCCUCUCCUUUGAGCCUUAG